AUGGCUCAAGCUAACGAGGACACGCGUAUGUCAGACGGUGAGCUGUCAGAUCGAUCACCUUGCAAGACGGACAGCAAAACAACAAUUAGCCUGGAACCUUUAUCGGCUUCAAUUUUUAGUAUUCGACAGAAAACAAAGGAAUCGUGUGUUAACGAAGCUCAGCUUCAACUAAAGGAGGCAACGGGUUUGAAGCAUACAUCAAAAUCAUGGAAUGAUGUGGUUGAAGAGGAAGAGUUUGCUAAACUAACCACAGAAACUGAAGAGUCUAUUAAGCCUCCAAUACCAGACCUUGAUCUGGCAGUUUCUGAUUCUAAGAUGUCCAUAGAGGAUAGCAGUAGUAAUAGUAGCAACAGUCUAUCUAGCCGGCAAAUUGAAAUAGAUAUAUUAGAUUCUGCCAAUGUGGAAAAAUACGAAAAGCUGGUUCGGACAGACAAAAUAAAAUCUCCAUUUAAGCGUCGUCUUUCGGGUGGUGGAGGAGACGAAGAUAACGACGGUCAUGCUAGAUUUAGUGGAGAAGAAGACAACUGUGAUGAAAUGUCGGGGAAAAAUACACACAAAAAGACGAAGAAACACGAGGAAGAUCACGGUAGAGAACGCUUCCGGCGGGACAGUAAUAGCUCGGGUGACGGUAGUAGUAGUCAGGGCAGUCGCAAACCAGUGGAAUACGAAAAAGAUGUAGCCAUUCUUGUUCGGCGCCAAAAGCAGAUCGACUAUGGUAAAAAUACGCUUGGUUAUGACAACUACCUAAAGCAAGUACCGCGGGAUCAGCGCACGAAAGAUCACCCGAAAACUCCGCCAAAGCAUAUAAAGUACAGUCGUCGUGCCUGGGAUGGAUUAAUUAAAGUCUGGCGUAAACAGUUGCAUUGUUUCGAUCCAAACGGCAUACCAGAGGCAGAUAACUAGACACCUUCGCUAGCAGUACACCUUUUUUUCUAUGUUGCAUUUGUGCCCUCGGUUUAAACUAGCAAUUAUUCGUAUGCUAGGAAAAUAAUUUGGUUGGCUAUUUCAAGAGUAAAGGUGAUUGUCUACAAACGUCAUCACUACGGCACUUUGCACAAGGAACUUUACGGAAUGUCUUUAUAGUACAGUUACUCCGUAGCAGCUGUAUCUAGUUCUUCGAAACUCAUAAGUGUUGAAUGUCGCUGGUAAUGGGCAGCCAACUUUUGUAGUGUUCGAGUCUUGUGUUUCGUAUUAAAGCUAAAACAUAAAUAUUUACAUGUACAACAUUUAUUGUUUGUUUUCAAUACAUCCUAAGAGCGAUAU